AUGGGCGGCAAGAGUCGUGCAGCGCUGCGUCGAGACAAGAAGCGGCAGCGACCGUCCGGAACAACAGCGUCAUGUCAUGUUCCAUCAACUGCUGUUCCGACAGCUAAAGCGUCGCACGAACGUGUGCAACACACGAGCACUGACGAUAGCGACGACGCAGACUCAGUGGGCGACACGAAUCGAGCCGCAACGAUUCCGCUGCCGUCUCUGGAGGACGGCGACAAUGUGUACGACGUUGUACAGAAGACGGCAAAGCAGAGGACAGGCAAGCGCACCCUGAACGUGGAGCAGGACGUGCUGGACCAGCGCAAGAAGAGAUGCAGGGAAGAAAAAGCCGAGAAGAUUGUGUGGCGCAAGUUUGACCGAGAGAAUGUCGCGUUCGAGCGGUUCUACGGGCGCUGUCUGGGCUUGGAGAAGCACGAGUUUGCGCGCUUGAUGGCGUGCUUGAGCGAGCCACUACCCGUGUACGUGCGUGUGAAUGGCAACUACAGGAGCUUGAGCGAGAUCGUGACGGGAACGUUGGAGAUGGACUUUGAUCUCGAGACAGUGACAGUGCCGGUGCCGGUAGGAGGCGGCGAACUGCACGUGCACUUUGGGCCCGAGUCGUGGGUGCCCGAGAAGAGACUAUGGAAGCUGUCAGUGGACAGCAAGACUUUUCGCAAGGUGGAAGGUCUGCAGUCGCUGCAAACGUACGUGCGAGCCCAAGGCUCCCUGGGCACGCUCCUUCGGCAGGACCCUGCUGCUACUGUGCUCCCAGCGUUCUUGAACAUUCAACCGGGUCACCGUGUGUUGGAUCUCUGCGGUGGUGGUGAACACCGAGCACCGAUCGUAGCUGAGUAUUUGAGUCCUGUCUCCUCGAGCAGUGUUGGUAUCGAGACCAGUGCCAACGCAGCAAGUCUACUGGUUGUGAAUGAACGUGAUGCCACAGCGGCGGCGUCGGCGGUUCGAAACGUGACACGCACCCUGCCACUCGUUCGCGAGCUCGUCGUGACAGCGCACAAGCCGGAGGAAUUUCCUGUCCCAGAGUCUGCGGAUGGUCUCUUCGAUCGCGUCAUCUGCUGUGCCCCGUGCUCUGGAGAUGGUUUGGCUCGCAAGCUCCCUGAGAAGUGGCGUACGUGGAAUCCCGAACAAGCGCUGGCACACCACCCGAGCCAAGUUGGUCUUGCUGAACAUGCGCUCGCCCUUGUGCGUACUGGUGGCACGUUGUUGUACAGUACUCGAUCGCUGAAUCCGAUCGAGGAUGAGGCAGUGGUCGCUGAGCUACUUCGCCGCUCGAAGGGUUUGCUGGAACUUGUCAAGACCGACAAUAUUCUGGAAGGACUGAAGCGCUCGCACGGCCUGACAAAGUGGGACGUUGUUGAUGUGGCGACUUGGGAUGACGUCCCGGAUGACCAGCGACAUCGUUACCGUCCGUCUAUGUGGGCCCCGGCAUCGGAAGAGUGCGACGGGUUGCACCUCGAGCGCUGUGUUCGUGUGCUGCCUCAUCAGAACGAUACCCACGGCUUCUUUUUCGCAGUCAUUCGUAAGAGUCGUGAAACCGAUACGACCUCAGCUGCGAUAGGUCCGACCCCACUCUCUCGACCAACGAAUAAGGUGAUUAGAGUGCAAAAGAACAAGAAGCAGGCGAAGGCUGAAAAACCUUUCGGCAGUUUUACUAGCCUCGACAAGAAGCAUCUAGCAUGCACGCGGUCAUUCUUUGGACUUCGUGGCAACUCGGCAUUUCUGGAGCGCACAGGUAUGGCCCGUCAAAAGCGUGCAGUGCACGUGGUGAAACCUGCAGUUGCGUCGCUGGUGAUAGACCAGUUUCGUGGGCGGUUAAGUAUCUAUCAUGCUGGCGUGCUUGCGCUGCGACCAAGAACCGGGACCGACGUUGUUUCUGACGAGCUCACAGAUGACGGUGCACGGGCACUGCUGCCUGAGAUGGAUGCCCGCGUGUUGAGCUUGCCACUGGAUGAGUUUUCGUCCUUCUUGGAAUCACGCGAAAUGUGGUUGAAAAACGCAGGCAAGCAUGCUCGCGAGCAACUAGCUGAGAUGACAGAGGGUAGCCUUGCUGUCGCGCUGGACGACUCGGAACCUGCUCAGACGGGUGACCGCGACAUUGUGCUAGUGGCGGUGAAGCGGUACAAUUCCUGCUCGAUCGUGUCACCUCCUUCAGCGAUUGCGCGCGUCAAGGCUCUGCUUGAAGAGUUGAAUGAUGCAGGUGGAGAUGGCGAGGAUGGCUAUGACUCGCUCGAAGACGGGUGCAAUCGAUAA